UAUGGGAUAGGGAUAAUCUAAAUUUUAUGCAGUACCUGUUGGAGAGAAGAAAGAUGGAGAAAGUCAUGUCUAUAGAAAUCCUAAUAAUACAGAGAAGCUUCUAGAUAACUUUGAAGGAGAAACAACAGUUUAAGGUAUAUUCUUAAGAUCUUGUCGUAAAUUCCCUAACAAUAGAUGCUUGGGCAAGUAAGUAGUGUCAGGAGAGAAUAGUAGAAAUUAUGUUUACAAAACUUACAUUGAAGUCAGAGAUGUUGCAGAGUAAGAUCUUUAAUAGAACUUAGAUAACUUGGGUCAGGUAUAAAGAAUUUGAACUUGAUUCCAAAUCCAGUAGUGUAUGAGGGAUAAGAAUUAAGAAUGAUAGGAAUAUUCUCAAAGAACAGAGAAGAAUGGCUACUCCUUGACAUAGCGAAUACAUUGUAUGGAAACACAAUGAUUCCUUUAUAUGAUACUUUAGGGUUGGAAAGUAUUCCUUACAUUUUAGAACACACUUAAAUGAGUACUUUAUUCAUUUCAAAUACAAGUGUUGAUACUCUAUUAAAAGUAAAAGAGUAUCAUGCACUUAAAAAUGUGGUUACUUUUGAUGAAUUAUCUUAAGAGAUAGUUUAAAAGGUAAUAGUAAAUUAUAUUAGAUUAGUUUGGUGAAAAAGGAAUAAAGGUAUUUAAUUAUGAAGAAGUAUUAAAUUCUGGUAAGGAGAAAAUACAUCCAUUUGCAGAAGUUCAUGGAAAAGACAUUUUUACAUUCAGUUAUACAUCAGGAACAACAGGAAUGCCAAAAGGUGUUAUGUUAAGACAUUUAAAUUUUGUUACAGUAGCAGGUGGAGUUGUUCAUUAAGGAAUUUAAUUAUAUCCAACUGAUGUUUAUUUAAGUUAUCUACCAUUACCUCAUGUAUUAGAAAGAGUUGUAGUAACAGCAUUACUUGGAUUUGGUUGUACAAUUUGUAUGUAUGGUGGAGAUGUAUAAAAAAUCAAUGUUGAUAUUUAAUUGGUUAAACCAACUAUUUUUGUAAGUGUUCCAAGAUUGUAUAGAAGAUUAUAUAAUGCAAUUAAAGAAAAAGCAGAUAAAGCAACAGGAUAUUAAAAAACAUUAUUUGAAAAAGGAUUAGCAAGCAAAAUGUAUUAUUUAUAAAAUGGAGGACAUGUUUAACAUAAAGUUUGGGAUAAUUUAGUAUUCAAAAAAACUAGAGAAGCAUUUGGUGGUAGAGUUAGAUUAAUGUUAUCUGGAUCUGCACCAAUGUCACCUGAAGUUGUAGAUUUCUUGAAAUGUGUUGUAUGUGUACCAUUCCUUGAAGGAUAUGGAUAAACUGAAGGAUGUGGAGGUUCAUUUAUUAGUAGAGCUGAUGAUCCUAUUAGUGGACAUGUAGGAGGUGUAUUCUCAAAUAUUGAAUUUAAAGUUGUUGAUGUUCCAUAAAUGAAUUAUUUCAGCACUGAUAAAGAUGAAUAAGGAAGACUUACACCUAGAGGAGAAAUUUGUAAUCAAUUAAUUUAUAUAAUUAUAGGUAUAAGAGGAAAUGGAUUAUUUGCUGGAUAUUACAAAGAACCUGAAAAAACUAAAGAAAUGAUUGAUGCUGAUGGUUGGAUGCAUUCUGGAGAUAUUGGAUUGAUUAGACCAGAUGGAUCUUUAAAAAUUAUUGAUAGAGUUAAAAACAUUUUUAAGUUAAGUCAAGGUGAAUACAUUGCUCCUGAAAAAGUAGAAGGAGUAUAUUUGAAAGUCAAAGGAAUUGCAGAAGUAUUUGUUUAUGGAGAUUCAACAAAAAGCUUUUGUGUAGGUAUUCUUGUCCCUGAAAAACAAUUUGUCUUAGAUUUGGCAAAUACAUUAGGAAUAUAAGGUACAUUUGAAAAUUUAUGUGCAAAUGACAAAGUCAAUAAAUACUUUAUUGAUGAAAUGGUUAAAUAUGUAUCCAUAAUAUAUUAUAUAUUAGGGUAAAACAGAAAAAUUGAAUGGUAUGGAAAAUGUUAAGAAAAUCUACAUUGAACCAACAUCCUUUAUUGCUCAUGGUUUAACAAGUAACACACUCAAAUUGAUGAGACAUAAGGCAAAAGAACAUUUUCUUAAAUAAAUUGAGGCUAUGUAUUAAGGAAGUGAAUGAGU